GUGACGAGUCCGCACGCUCGAAACAGCGCCGCGCCUCGCGAUGAGUGAUGCCAGCAUUGUGCCCGGAGGUGUCGACUCCUCGCUGCCUGAGGCUUCGGAGGGUCCGGCACCAGCAUCAAUCACCGAGGGCUUGGCUGAGGUCUUGCCGGUGAAUGCCAAGAGGAAAGAUGGGAAGAAUGACGUGUUCUACAACCCAGCUCAGGUCUUCAACCGAGAUCUCAGCGUCUUGGUGCUGUCGGUCUUCGCCAAAGUGCGUGAGGAGGAGUUUGCGGAGAAGGACCGCCUGCGCCUGGAACGCUUCCGGGCCAAGGUGAAGGUGCCGGAGGUCGUCCAGGGUGAGCAAGCGGAUGAGCGAGAGAAUGAGGCGUGUAAGGAGUUGCCAAAGGAGGGUGAUCAACCGCCGAGCAGCCUCCUUGGCCAGGAGGAGGUGCCAAAUGAGGGUGAUCAGCCUGGGCUGAGAAGCAAGGAGGAGGUGCCAAAUGAGGGUGAUCAGCCUGGGCCGAGCAGCAAGGAGAUGCGCCAGCUGCAGCUGCCCACGCCCUCAGGGCUGAAAGUGCUAGAGGCACUGGCUGCCACAGGCAUCCGCACCGUGCGCUAUGCGAAGGAGUUGCCCUUCGGGCCCGGGGGGAUCGCCAGCAUCGUGGCCAACGACUUGGAUCCCAACGCCGUGGUGCGCCCCAACACCGGGGAGCACAUGAAGCGGAACUUUGCCCACAACGAGUUGCCCAGCCACGUACAGGCCGUCAAUUCGGAUGCCAACGCGCACAUGUACAGCAAGCGCGCCAAGGGCACGGGUGGGCUAGGGCUCAGUGCGUACGACGUGAUCGACCUGGAUCCCUAUGGCACGGUGGCGCCCUUCAUCGACUCUGCGGUGCAGGCGGUGGCAGAUGGUGGUCUCUUGUGUAUCACCUCCACGGACAUGCCGGUGCUUGGUGGGAACCACCCCGAGACCUGCUUCGCCAGGUACGGUGGAUCUGCGCUCAAGUGUGGGUAUGUCCAUGAAAUGGCUCUACGCUUGGUGCUCCAUGCCUUUGCCACCGCGGCUGCUCGCUGCGGCCGAGAGGUGCGGCCUUUAUUGUCUGUGUCCAUCGAUUUCUAUGUGAGGCUCUUCGUGCGAGUCUUCGACUCUCCGGCCCGCGUGAAGCGUCACGCGAGCAAGACCGGCUUGGUGCACCAGUGCGUCCAGUGCGAGAGCUUCUUCGUUCAAAAGUUCGGCGAGAUUGAGGGCAGCAAGGAGGCGAAGUUCAAGGUGGCGCGCGUCACCGUGCCGGGCAGCGAAUGCCCCGAGUGUAAAGGCCGCAUGAAGGUUGGAGGUCCGUUUCACUGCGGCCCACUCUACGACCGAGACUUCCUGCAGCGCUGCCUGCAGGUCUGUUCAGCGGAGAACAUGUCCUCGCUGCCGGGCAUCGUCAGUUGGAAGAAGAUCACCGGUCUACUCACCGCCAUGAGCGAAGAGAACGACGAGGCCUUGUACUACAAGCUGCCCAACCUCUGUAAGUCCUUGAAGGUGAAUCAGAUGCCCUUGCGCCAAUUCCGUGGCACCUUGAUCUCUCUUGGUUAUCGAGUCUCGCACUUCCAUCGCGAGCCGCAGGCCAUCAAAACGGAUGCGCCCAAUCAUGUGGUCUUCGACUUAUUGCGGCUUUGGGCAGAGGAGCACCCGCCCACGAAUUGCCCGCUUCCGGAGCUCCUGAAGAAGGAAUUCUCCUUGUCAAGACCUCUGGAGUGGAAGACGGAGAGCCAUGAGGGGGACAAGGUGGCCAAGUUCCUGCCCAACCCAGAGCCCAACUGGGGCCCAAAGCCCCGCGCGCGCUCCGGGGUGGAGAAGCCAGAGGACCCAACGGAGCCGGACAGCAAGAAGCCACGCCGGGAAGAGGAGAAGCUCAAAGAGCCCAGACCUGCGUGAUGCGGUACCAACAUCGGCAAAGAGAAUGCCCAUCACCAGCACCGCGAGAUUUUCACCGUUCUUGUGGGAGAGUUCGACCAGACAAGUUGUUCUUCGCUGCUAGACUUCCCACCUUCGCACCUUAUGUGAGGCAUCUCAACUUGACUC